AUGCCACCGCGCCCGCGGAUGCGGCGGGAGGCGGCUUCGGCGCUCCUUGGGGAUGCGCGCAGAGGGGCGGGAUCGCGCCGCUCCCCCCGGAGCUGCGGCCUCAGCCCGGCCCAGCCUCCCGCCUCCCUGCCCGGCCGUCAGAGCAGGGCGCCGAUGGCUGCAGGGCCGGCGGGGCAGGUGGCUUAUCCCUGCGGUGGCUGCUUUGGGACGGAGGGGACGGGGGGCUGCGCCCCACGCGGUGUCUGUCCUUCAUGCGGAGCGCAAAGCGCGGGAGCAGCCGCCCUCACGCCGCCAGCCGGGGACCGCCCCGUCUGCGGCACCCCCUUCUCUGUCCCCCGGAGCCCUCCCCGGCGGGGGCGACCUCAGCGGCUUCGCUGCUGCUGCUCCUCCUCCUCCUCCUCCCUCCUGGCGGGUGUCCUCGGCAGCGGAGCAGCGGCGGGACAGCCCGGGCCGGGCGGCAAGGAAGAAGGCCCGGCUGCUGCUGGGGGGCCGACGGGACGCCGCUGUCCCGGGGGUGCUGCUGGGGAGCGGCCGAGGCGCUUCAGCACCGGCGCGGGGGGGCGGGGGCUGCGGAGGAGACGCCUCCCGGGCUGCCCAACCCGGCUCCGCGGGGCCGGCGGGGGCGCGGCGCCCGUCCCGGGGAGAUGGAGCCAGAGCGGGAGGUGGGACGGGACGCGCCGGGCUGGGGCGGGAGGACGGGCAGCACUUGGGGUCCUGCGCCCUCCGGUGCGAGGCGUGAGCCCUCCGGGCCGGUGCCCUUCCCUCCUCCUGCCCCGCCCGGGGCUGCCGGGCGAGAAGAACCCUCGCUGGAAGUUGAGGCCGGGGCGGUGGUCGCUGUCCCCGGGAACAGGGGGGCAUGGGGAGCCUCGGCGUUCCCCUGUCGCGUUCUUCACCUCGCUGCUGGCGACACAAGACGUAUCCGCCCCCGGCCCCACCCUGUUCUCCUCCUCUUCUGGACUGAGGAUGCUGAGUAUUUCUCACCCUAAGGCUCAUGCAGUCGCUGUUCCACUGAAAGAUUACGAAAAGGCACUAGUUUGCUGCGUUUAGGAGGAAAAAAAACCCAACAAUAUUAACAGAGAUAUUUUUGUGCUAAACGCGGGAGCUUCGUCUUCCGAAGCAGGGACUGAAAUUUGGCCAGUCAGCAGUGAGUUGUCAGUUCAAGUCUUGGUCACCUCUUCCUUUGCCACCUUUUUUUCUCCCUAAGAAAUAACAAAGUUCCCAGUGUUUUGUACAUGAACAUAUUUAUGAAAGUGACCAUUAAGUUCUCCAGAAAUUCUGUCCUUAAGGCUAAAAUCCUGUAGGGAAAGAGAAGAUAAUCAUAUAAUUGCAUAAUUAAAGCUUUUACCGUAA